AGUUUGUUGAAAUGGCCAAACGGACGAAAAAGGUUGGCAUAGUAGGGAAGUACGGAACUCGGUAUGGUGCCUCGCUAAGAAAAACCGUUAAGAAGAUGGAGGUAACGCAGCAUUCUAAAUACACAUGUGCUUUCUGUGGGAAGGAAUCGAUGAAGCGAAAAUGUGUUGGCAUUUGGAAGUGCUCGAAAUGCAAUAAAGUAGUUGCUGGUGGUGCUUACGUGUACAGCACAACCGCAGCAGCCACCGUGCGGAGUACUAUCAGGCGUUUACGAGAUGCUAAGGAAUAAAAAUGUGAAAUAAAAUUUUCAUUCACGUUUUUUGUUAUUCUGUUCAAGAAACAAUAAAUUUUCUGUUAGAAAUUUUUACUAAGCAGUAUGAUUUAAUCAGUUCGCAGCGCAUUAAUAAAAUUAUUUUCGGUG